CGUUCCUCUUCACACUCUUUCCAUUCCCCUCACUACUCAGUACUCACAGUAGAGUCGUCGCUCCCGUAGACUCUGCCUCUCUGAGAAUGGCUGCCCGAACCCUCGGGGCUCUUCUGGCGCUGCUUUUGGCGGUCACGAUAUGCGAAGCUGCCCCCGUCUUCUACCCGAUCUCCGACUCUCACCGAUCCGCCGCUUCUGAGCUCUUCACCAAUGAAUCCUUCGCCAGUUUGGAAGAGGCGUAUGAAGCACUGAGAUCGUUUGAGGUUCUCGGGAUUGAGAAACCUGAUGUACGAGGUGCUACUUGUAAGUCUGUUGUGGAGAAGCUUGGAUUGUUGGCUUCUACGCCCAAGGACUUGUUUUUUGCUUUAAAGGUUAACCGCAUUUUGAAGUGCGAGGUUAAGAAGGAAGUAUUUGAGGACAUUGCUUCAAGACUUAAAGCUGUGGUAAAUGGUGCAAGCUCAUUGCUGGACCUCUAUUACUCUGUUGGCAGUUUAGUACUUAUCAAGGAUCAAACUUCUGAGGUUGAUGUACUUCUGGCUGAUGCUGAUGGUAUUUUUCGAUCUAUCAAGUCUUUGAGCCAGAGUGAUGGAAGGUGGCGCUACGGUUCAAAUAAUCCGCAGUCUAGUACCUAUGCCGCUGGAUUAGCUAUUGAAGCACUUGCUGGAGUUGUUUCAUUAUCAUCCUCCGAAAUUGAUCAGUCUAUGAUUGGGAAAUUGAAAAGGGAUGUUUCAAAGCUUUUUGAAAUUGUUGAGAAAUAUGAUGAUGGCGCCUUCUACUUUGAUGAAAAAGUUGAUCAGAGUCCUCUUUCAACUACUGCCUCAGUUGUUCGAGGGCUGACUGCUCUAGCUGCUGUGACGUCUGAAAACUUGAAGGUCCCAGGGGAGAAGAUUUUGGGUUUGGCAAAAUUCUUUCUUGGGAUUGGCAUUCCAGGCAAUACCAAAGACUUCUUCAAUCAGAUUGACUCUUUAGCUUCUUUGGAAAGCAACAAGGUCUCCAUCCCCCUGAUUUUAUCACUUCCAACUACAGUGCUUUCAUUGACUAAAAAAGACCAAGUCAAGGUUAAAGUGAGUACGGUGCUUGGAUCAAGUGCUCCUCCUCUGACUGUUAAGUUGGUGAGAGCUUUCAGUUCUGGUUCCAAAGAUGCUUUUGUUAUUAACAGCCAGGAUCUCAAGUUUGAUCAAGAAAGUGGCUACCAUGUCCUGGAUGUUUUACCAAAGAGCGUCGAUGUUGGAAGUUACAUUUUUGUCUUUGAGGUUGUUCUUCAUGAUUCUGAAUACGAAUCAGUUUAUACAACUGGAGGUUUGGCCCAAGUAGGUGUAUUUGUCACCGGAAUUAUCAAUAUAGAGAAUGCAGAAAUUUCUGUACUUGAAAGCGAUAAGAGUGUAGAUACCCAGAAAAGAUUAGAUUUAGCUGGGGAAAAUGCAAUUUCACUGUCAGCAAACCACCUCCAAAAGCUGCGCAUAUCUUUUCAAUUGACUACUCCUUUGGGUCAUGCUUUUAAGCCACAUCAGGUGUUUCUCAAAUUGACACAUGAGAGCAAGGUUGAACAUAUAUUUGUAGUGGGGAUCUCUGGCAAAAAGUUCGAGAAAAUACUUGAUUUCCUCGGGUUGGUUGACAAGUUCUACUAUCUCUCGGGUAGUUAUGACCUUCAGUUAACUGUUGGAGAUGCUGUAAUGGAGAACUCUUUCUUACGGGCUAUUGGCCACGUUGAUUUAGAUCUACCAGAAGCACCUGAGAAGGCCACCCGCCCUCCUUCACCCGCUGUUGACCCUUAUUUAAAGUAUGGGCCUAAAGCAGAGAUAAGCCACAUCUUCAGGGUUCCAGAGAAGCUUCCUCCUAACCAUCUCUCUAUUGCUUUCUUGGGUCUUCUGCUUUUGCCAUUUCUUGGAUUUUUGGUUGGGCUAUUGCACUUGGGAGUCAAUCUGAAGAACUUCCCUACGUCAGCAGUACCAGCCACCUUUGGUAUUCUAUUCCAUGUUGGCAUUGCGGCAGUUCUUUUGCUCUAUGUGCUUUUCUGGCUGAAGUUGGACCUGUUUACGACCCUCAAAUGGCUUGGAUUGUUGGGAGUUUUCUUGUUGUUUGUGGGACACAGAAUCCUUUCCCAUCUCGCCUCUACAUCAUCCAAGUUAAAAUCUGCCUGAGAAAA